GAGCUCAGAGAUUGACGUGUGGAUUUACAGUACAGUCGUGUGGUGGGAGUGAACGAGUGAACAUAUUAGCCUUUCACUCCUAACCACCAGAAAAGGCUUGAGUCAACGAGUGAAAAUAUUUUACCUUUCACUCUCAGCCACCGGAACAACGGGUGUAAUAAAGUGUAAGAGUGACGAAGUAGUUUCUCUCAACCGCCAAAGGAGUUCUGAGAGUGAAAAGAGUAAAGGUUUCUGAGAGUGAAAUGAGUUCUGAAAGUGAAUAAGGAUUUAAAGGGCUCCAGUAACACGAAAAGGAACAAAAAGUAACAAUAUAGGCGAAAUAAUUUAAGUAACACCAACAGGAGUAAAAAUAACAAUGGAAUAAGUAACUACGUAGCAAUACUAACGGGUGAUGCAAGUAACAAGGACGACAGUGGCAGUAGCAAGAGGGCCAAGCAGGAAAACAUGGGAGAGUGGUGCCAUGUUGUGUGGUUGGCACUCAUGAUGGUGUUGAUAUGGUGGGUGAAGCUCAGUGACGGCGGAUGGAGCUCUAACAACUACCCUUCGGAGGCAGUGAAGGGAGAGGACUCUGUGGUGGUCUAUACUACAGGUCCCCUAGGAGAGGAUGGGGAUCAAAAGACUGAGCAGCAUUAUACCCCGAGGUCCUCAUACCCCAUGUGUCGUAUGGGUUUCCGCAUCAGGGACUACUACCCGACGCAGGACAGCUACUACCAGAACCAGACGUGUUUCUGGUGCUACCACUUCGUUCCCGCCCACAGGAGAAGCCACAACCUGCAGAUCGUGCGAGAGGUGAUUACCCUCGAUGACAACAAGCCCAAACACCUGUAUGACUACAUGUUUAAGGCCGAGAACGAGACUUACCACUUCAACCCUGACUCAGAGGCGUGGGAGUACGUGGUGGAGUCCAUGUUGGAUGUACUGGAGGCCCACAAGGUAGAGGAAUGCUGCAGGGAUGCCAUGACCUGCUGCCAACAAGCACUGGAUGAUCUUCCAGGUGACCCGGGGGACUGUCCGCGUACCUGGGACGGUUGGACCUGCUUCUCUGACACACCUCCUGGGAGCACUGUCACCUUCACCUGUCCACACAUCGGCUACAAGGGCUACCCAGAGUGUGCAAUGGAGGGGAGGAAAGAGUGCUGGGAGAACGGCACCUGGGCAAUAGACAGCUAUGGCGUAGAGCUCACCGACUACUCCUCCUGCAGCCACAAGCAGUACCACCUGACGAACUACUACUGGGAGGCCUCCAUGCAUGUCCUCUCCAUCUUAACUCUCCUACCUGCCAUCUUCCUCAUCCUCUUCUACAGACAGCUACGUAUUCAGAGGAUGUAUCUACACCUUAAUUUCUUCUUUGCCCUCCUCGGUAAAGCCUUCUUCAACCUCCUCGAUGCACUUGUCCUCAGGGUACCCGAAUAUACUGGGACCAACACCCUAGUGGAUGACAACACAGGGGGGUGUAAGUUGUUGGUGUUCCUGGCCAAGAUGUUCGGCCUGGCUGUGUGGACCUGGAUGUUAGCCGAGAGCAUAUAUCUUCACCGUCUCAUCGUCGCCGCCUUCAAGGGUGGGGGCAAGACUUACGUUUAUCUCAUUAUUGGUUGGGUACCGGCGGUGGUGCUGAGUGUGGUGUGGGCCGUGUGCCGUGCGGUGCUGGAGGACUACCAGUGUUGGCUGGGGGAUGAUGCCAACAAUGCCACCAACCUUUUCCUCAUCACAGAGCUACCCAAGAUGUUCAUAAUUAUUGUGAACACUGUCCUGCUAGCUAACACAACCCGGGUCCUCCUCACCAAGCUCAGGGGCGUCAACAACGACAACUCCACCGCCACCAGGACUGCAGUCAAGGCCACGGCAUUCCUGCUCCCCAUGUUUGGUCUACAGUUCUUUAUCACCUUCUACAUCCCAUCAGAGUCCCACACCUGUACCACCAUGCAGGUGUACAUGUUCAUAGCGAUGGGUCUUGAUGGGCUCCAGGGCUUCUAUGUGGCCAUUGUCUACUGCUUCCUCAACAAGGAGGUGAAGCUACAGGUGCGUCGAUCAGUGUACCACUUACGAGGUCGCAUGGCCACAGAGAUGGGCACUGCGACAUAUGACCCACGCACAGAUGUCAGUCUCCUGCAUAGUGGAGCUGUCAACUCUGUUGCCACCACUGCCUCUGUUGUUGACUGAUGAUGUCACAGCUGGCACUACUGAUAUCCUUUGAGUGAUUGCUGAAGACCUUUCUGCUGCUGAUGUUUUGUAUUUAUUAAUGACAUAUGACCACCAUCAACUGAUGAGUUAUUAAUGACAUUCAGUGGGUAAUUAAGGACAUGUCUUGACUUACUGAUGGGCCAGGUGAUGACCACAGUGACCUCUCCUGUCUUUUCUUUCAUCUGUAGAUACAUGUAAACGUUCUCUGAUUAAUCUUUGCUGACACUUACUGACAUCCUCUGGUGAAUAAUGACACACAAAGUCUUUGCUGACUAUGUCUUCAGAUACUUGCUAACAUCCUUUCAUUAUUGCUGACACACGGGCAUUUACUGACACCUGGUGACUUAAGAUGGUACACUCUUGUGAGAAGUACCUUAGAGAAACACCACUAGUGGACUAAGAAUGACAGCCUUUGUGUUUAUGUAGUUAGAAGCCAACAGACUUUAUAAUGGUCUACUGAUAGGUCACACAUGACAUGUUAGAAUUCUAUAGUAAACAGAAAGAUGUUCUCUCUCUCUCUUUCUCUCUCUCAGCUUUUAGGUCAGGGCUCAUUGUUGUGCCUGUGAUGAGUCUAGUGUUUGGUCUUCCUAUCAAGCAAGGAGUGUGUACAUGUGAACAAGAAGUUAGGCUUCAUACAAGAACCCUCCUACAGUAUUUUAAGUUGGCCGAUACCUCAGAAAGUAACAAGGUAACUGACAGAGAUUACUUGUAUGUAAUGGGUAGUUGAACAGAAAUUAUCUUUUAAGAAAUUUAUAUUUUGUUGUAUGUUGUGUACAUUUUCUUUGUAAGACAGUCUGUUUAUGACCAUUUUCUAUAAGGUUUCAUUUGUAUGUAAGAAGAUUUUCUGUAUACCAGUUGGUUUCACUGUUAUUUGAAUAGCAAUUGGUCAACAGAUUGUCUUCAGUAGACAUAACUUAUUUUUAUAAAAGUUGAAAACACUGAUUUUUGUUACUGUAUUUCGCUUGUAAAACUAAUAACAUUAAUGAACAAAAUGAUGCACUGUACAGUAAAUUGAUGUAGAAUGUCACUUUGUAUACUGUGUAUGCAAGUAGAAGCCAUGAGCAAGUAGGGUAUAUCUUUUAUCUUAGCCUUAUCAGUUACUUCCUACACUCUUUUACACCACCUUCUUAUUACUCCCCCCCCCCCUCCCAUACACCUUCCGUUACCUCUUUGAUCCACCUCACAUAACAGCAGGGGAACAAACAAUAGAUAAUACAUAAAUGCAAAGCGGUUUAGAUACGUAUGUUAUUUUCUUUUAAGAGUUUUGUGGUGGAAGCUACUUAAUAACCCUGACAGUAGAAGUACAUAAAACAAUAUAACUUUAGUGUAAUAUGGUCUUCCCUGUAUGAAGCUAUGGGAUUAAGAGAGAGAAAUCAACCCCAGCCAUGUUAUGAGAUAGGAGAAGAGUGUGUAUCUCUGUAACACGUCAUACAAAAAGAAUGAAACUGGUCAAAUAAUAGGUAAUUUGGUGUAUUUUCAAACUGAUAUAUAUAUAUUUUUUUUUUUUGGGGGUGGGGGCAUCAGUUAGGUCAAAGUUGGUUGAUUUGCCUCUGUUGCCCCAAAUGCUUCAUAUGUAUCUUUGUUAAUUGCUCGUGUAACAGUCUAGUAUAUGUAGUAGUUUUAACCAUUAUAUUUUUAUCAUAAUCUGAUAUUAGAAUAAAGGUAACAUCCCAAAGUGGCUUCAGGUAUAAUAGGUCCCAAUCCUAACCGUUAGUUUAGGUCGUGACCUAUUAAGACUGGUACCCCUUUGGCUUUAAACCAAAAUAAA